GGUUUCAGCCCCAGAGGAGAUAGAGGAGGAUUUCGAGGAAGGGGCGGUGGUGAUCGAGGGGGAAGGGGAGGAUUUAGAGGUGGUCGUGGAGGAGGGGGAGAUAGAGGAGGAAGAGGUGGAUUCGGUGGAAGAGGAGGCGGGUUUGGUGGACGGGGAGGUGGAAGAGGCAGAGGAGCAGGAGGCAGGGGAGGAAGAGGUGGAAGGGGUGGUAUGGCUGGAGGUAAACAGGUUAUAAUAGAACCACACAGACAUCAAGGUGUUUUCAUUGCUCGCGGAAAAGAAGAUGCCCUCGUUACUAAAAAUAUGACUCCUGGUGAAACAGUCUAUGGUGAAAAGAAAAUUUCAGUUGAGGAAAAUGAAAUAAAAAUAGAAUAUAGAGCAUGGAAUCCAUUCAGAUCUAAGUUAGCUGCUGCUAUUUUAGGUGGUGUUGAUCAUAUCCACAUUGCACCUGGUAGUAAGGUGUUGUAUUUAGGUGCAGCAUCAGGAACCACUGUGUCACAUGUAUCAGAUAUUGUUGGACCUGAUGGUCUUGUGUAUGCCGUAGAAUUCUCACAUAGAAGUGGUAGAGAUUUGAUUAAUGUGGCCAAGAAACGACCUAAUAUCAUACCUAUUAUUGAAGAUGCUCGACAUCCACAUAAAUACAGAAUGUUAAUGGGUAUGGUUGACACAAUAUUUGCUGAUGUGGCCCAGCCAGAUCAGGCCCGUAUUGUAGCAUUAAAUGCUCACAAUUUCCUUAAAAAUGGCGGGCAUGUAGUUAUAUCUAUCAAGGCCAAUUGUAUCGACUCUACAGCUGAACCUGAGGCUGUGUUUGCUGAUGAAGUUAAUAAAUUAAAGAGUGAGAAGAUUAAACCUCAAGAACAGCUGACACUAGAACCUUAUGAACGUGAUCAUGCUGUAGUGGUAGGAGUAUACAGGGCUCCACCAAAGAAGUAGUGUGAAACGAAAGCCAUCAUUGUGAGAAUAUCAGUGUAUAUACUUCAUACAGACUUGUAUAUAGUUAUCAUUUGAAUAUGAUUUUAUAACAGACUUAAGCGCUAGUGUGAAAGAUGUUAACAGUGGGCAUUAUUGUGGUCUUGAUUGACAGAAUACAAUUAAUUAAUUUGGAUAAUUAAAUCUAAAUUUGGCUGAAGUUAAUAGCAUUCUGGGUAAUGCUUGAAAACGAUGUUAUUUUGAAAUGUAUCAAGUACUUCAGCUUUUGAUGCAGUUAAAAGAAUAAGUUUUAAAAAAAAAAAACAAAUCAUUAUUCAGCAAAUGAAAUUUGAAAUGCAGUCAUGAAAUUUUCGUAAAGCAGGGUCCAUGAAAGAUUGAGUCAUGAAAUGCAAGUAAGCAAUAAAAGGCAACAUUCCUGUUGUCCAUUUGUUUUGUUAAAGAUUUGUUAUGGAACUUCUCUAUAGAAUUGUUCCAAAUUAAGUACACUAUCAGUUGGAGGCAGUUGAAUUACAGAUAUGGUCUUCAAAAUUCUUCUUGAUGUUGUUGAUGCUUAUGUCAAAUGAGAUAUUCUGUAACAUUCAAUUGCAGUCAUUAUGCAGUUAUUAAAUAUUCUUGUACAUAAUUAAAAAAAAAAUGAAAUUAAAUAAAUCUGUAAGG